CAUGCGCGUCAUGCGUGAGUCGGAGAGCACCCUAGGUCGUUGUGAUGGACGCAGAUCACGGGCAAAAACAGCAAAAAGGCAAUGGCGGCUAUCCAUUGGACGGUCAAUGAGCUCACCGUGAAAAAUCUCGGAAAAUGUGAUCUACACGUCGCGAUCGACGAGCGUAAAUUCGAGGUGUGGCCUGAAGGCGGAGGAGUAUUGUUGCCUGCAAGGAUAGAAAUGACACACAAUAUGAAUGAGCAAUGGCUGGUAAGCAGAUGGACCUGUCAUCGAAUCGAUUAGAUAAUGCAUGCUGGUCGCUGACAGGUCAAAUAGAAAAGUACGACAGCAGGCAGGAAGGAGUAAAUGAGCGAGCGCACUUGAGUAAUGAGCGAGACUCGGCAUUAUCCUAUUCGCUCGGUCUCCGAUUUAUACGCAGCCGAGGAAAUAGAAGUGCUUCUCUUAGAAGAAAUACGCGACUUAGAACCUCCACCUGCCAUAUAUUCUAAACCCGAGGACAUUCAGGACUUCGAAAUUGCAGGCAGCAGGACAGGGGGGCGAAUCAGCUCCCAAUCAUCGGAGCUGGAUUCGCCAGGGGUUCAUUCGACAGUCCACUCGUGGGAUUCACAUGCUAAUUAUCAUGGUCACUAUGGUAGUGACCACAGGCCGGGCUCUUCAUCUAAUGCUCUGGCUUGGUCACGUGCAAGCCAUGUGGUUAUUUACUGUGACAUACAGGGACAUCUUAAAACAGCUACGGGUGUUGUUAGACUCUUAUUACUUAUAUCCUCUGCAGCUUGUUUGGCAACUUUAUGCAGUUCUGGCACUGCCAAGGUCAGCCUUUUUAUGCUGCCUUUAGCAGAUCGUUUACGAUUCAUGAUCUUUGUAGCUGUUUUCUGUUUCUUGGUCACCGCAGCCCUUCUCUUCCUUGAUAUUUCGCAUGUUAUUUACAUCCUUCCUUUAAAUUGGGCUAAACUGAAUGCUAUAGUAUUCACUGGCAUAGGCUUGUUAUUUGCCGCGAGUAGCGCGUUAUUAGCAUGUACAGUAUGGGAAUACCACAGUGGAGGCUGGGUACCAAGACGCACACGUUCCCAACUGACUGCCGCAGCAGUGGUGGGACUUUCAUGCGCUCUCUUAGCAUUUUUACUUUCAUGGAUACAUUGUCGGAAUGGAUCAGGUUGUAAGGGUCAGGACUCUCGUAGUCAUACACCAACACAACUCUAUAAACCUGUUGAUAAUUCUUCCUCCUCCGGGGUCACUUUGAAGGAACGUAGUCCUAAGAGACCCGCCUCGUGGACCGUGAAAAAUCAACAAUCGAAAAAACGGAACACGGACAGUGACACGAAUACGAGUAACGGCGGCCACCGCGGUAAUCAUGAAAGACUUAAACAAGGCGCCAACAAGAAGGACCAUUGGGCUUCGGCCAAGCAACAUAUUCUAGAAACAACACAUACGAUUAACGAGGAUACUCAACGGGAGGAUACCGAGAUCGAGAGGAGACGGAGAAGACGAAGGAAAGAAGGUGAUAGCAGUUCGACCGGUGAUGGAAACGCACCAGGUAGCAGUAAGGCCGACGCUAGCAGCGUCACCGCGGAGGAGGCUAAGACUAGACGAGUGCCGCGAAAGUUACCUCUACAGUCUGCAGUGGAGCAAUCUCGCUCAUGGUCCGACGCCGAACGUAGAAAUAGUGGCACUACGCAAAUUAGAAGUAAAACUAAGCAAACGCCAGUGAACAAUGACGCACAGAAUUGUUGUGACAUGAUUGAGACUAGACCGAUCAAUCAAGUGACUCGGAACGGCCUCCCCAACUGGGAAACGGAAUGUACAUCUAGCAACAGUAAAGAAGAAGCUACUGAUGCGAAUGUGAUUGUUCGUAACGCCAUGUGGUCUGGACAGUGGCGCCCACCACCAGAUGAUGUUCAACCUUGCUCUAGCAAAACUAUCGAUCCUUAUAGCUUUGCCUGAUCGUCUUGUGAAAUACAAAGCACAUACACUUUAGGUAAAAAAUAACUUGCUCAAUCGAGCAGUUUUUGUGAACAGUUUGUGACGAAAUUUUUUAUAAAGCAAGCAAGUACAUGAUAUACUUUAUGUUGAAUAUAUAUUUUUUUAUUAGACUGCAACAGUAGUUGAAGUGUUACUUGUUACAUAAUUGAAAUCUCAUACCUCUCUCUUAUUUGCAUACAAACUUGCCUGACUUCAACACAUUUUGUAUUUUCUACAUUAAAUAAUAAUGCACAGUGAGACUGAAGAACACAGUACUUUGGUUUUACAUGUUCCAUCUGUGUUUUCAACUGUGCAUAAAACCGGAUGUGAUUAAAAAAAUGUAAACAUAAGAUAUACAUACAUAUAUAUAUAAUUGUUACACUUCAUACAUGCAACAGGUGAAAAAGACCAUAGCCCGUACUUACAGGGCUUAUCAAGUUUGUUGUUAUCGAAUUUUACAGGACGAAAUCGUGUCCAAAGAUUUAAGAUCCUGUAUAAAGUCAUUGCUGCCUUGUACAUUUUGCUGCCAAGAGGAUAAAUUUUCUUUAGUUGUUCGGGUCUCGACGUUUUGCAUCACAAAACUAGACUGCCCAACUUUGAUAAGCAAAUAAUGCCACUUCAUUCCAAUCAUGUACCAAAUAAUAAAUAUAAGUAAGUUUUAA